AUGGCACAGAAAGCAGCCAAAACGCUAGCAGUGCGCAACACCUCACGCCUCAAGCAAACCCACCUGAUCACCUUGGCCAUGCACGCAAUCUUCCUGUUCCUCCGCCUCACACUUCGCAGCUCACUGUCCCUUAAGCGUUACGUCCUACUCUCCGCCCCAGGGCUGCUCAUCGAAUUCUACCUCGAAAAGCUCGCCCGCCCCAGUUAUAACCCCGACGGGUCUCUGCGUCGUGCCGGUGAGGAUCUCGAUGCUCCGGGUCUAACCGAGUUCAUGUGGGAUAUCGUCUACUGGACUUGGAUCAAUCUGAUUCUGGUCAUGGUUUUGGGCAACCGCGCUUGGUGGCUGUAUUUGGUCAUUCCCGCCUAUGCCAUCUAUGCCGCUGUCACAACUGCCACCGGAAUCAAGUCUUCCUUUGCGGGACUCGCUGGAGGCGGUGGAGAGCCUUCUGCUGCCUCGCAAGGUCAAGGUCAAAGUAAACGGCAGCAGAAGAUGGAGAAGCGAGGUGGUGCUCAGCGGGUCGCAUAUAGAUGA